AUGGAAGCUCAACUGCAGUCGCUCAAGGUCCCUGAACUCAAGGACCUUCUCCAAAAGGCGUCGCUGCCGAUCACCGGCAACAAGCCGGAUCUGAUCAAGCGUCUGCUCGAGAACCCUGCGGCGACGGCGUCGCUCGGCGGCGAAUCGACCGACGCGCCUAGCACCGAGUCCGAGGCCGCGCCGGCUGCCGCGCCCGUCGCACCGGCUGCCGAGGCUGCUGCUCCGGCUGCCGCGCCUGCCGCAGCUGCGCCUGCUGCGGCCGACGCGCCCAAGGCCGACGCGCCUGCUGACGCGCCUGCUGACGAGACUGCCGACGCGCCUGCUGCCGAGCCCGCGCAGCCGAGCCAGGAGGAGCGUACGCAGGCGCACCUCGCCGAGCUCGAGAAGCGCAAGGCGCGUGCGCUGCGUUUCGGCCAGCCGACCGAGGAGCUCGAGAAGGAGAUCGAGCGCGUGGCCAAGUUCGGCCUGCCGACGACCGAGGGCGCCGCGUCGGAGCGCGUCGACGGUGGCCUGAAGAAGCGUGCGCCGCCUGCGCAGGACAAAAAGGCCCCGAAGGCCGCCAAGACUGAGGCGAAGAAGCCGGCGGAGCCUGCCGCGCCUGCCGCGCCUGCCGUUUCCGAAGAGGAACUUGCGCGGAGACAGCGCCGUGCCGAGCGCUUCGGUCUCGUGAACCCCGCAGAGGAAGACAAGAAGCGCAGCCGUGCCGAGCGUUUCGGCGCCGCGGCGCCGAGCGAGGCCUAG